UUAUACCAAAUGCCUGAAAUCCAGCGCAGUGAGCGAAGGGAAAAACAGAAUGGAUGCGGAUCGCGUCUGCACGCAUUUGAUAAUUUGAAUAUCAGGUAACUAUGUGAUUAUUCAGAUUACGGUCAUCCGUAAUUGCGAAAAUCAGCAUAAUGGAAGUCUUUAUAGUAGCGCAAGGUUUUCUACCACAAUGCUCUCUAUUGAUGUGCUGUGGCAACAAUGAUGAACUGAAAGCGGUCUAGAACAUCAUCUCCACGAAAUAAUAGAAUUCUAAUCUAAUAUACCAAAAGUUUAUCUGGCACAAUGUGAUUUCUGGAAGUGGAAUGUAUAGCAUAACUCAUGAAAUUCUUACAUCAGAGUGACAAUCUCAUCAAAUUACAAUGGCGAACAUUGAAGUUCAUUCCGAAUCUCAGUCUUUGUCCAAGGAAAGUAAGGAGAUACAUAUCUCAAAAGAAGAGAUCCUUCCUUCCACGGAAACACCUUCUGGAGCAGAAUAUAGUGGACAGCGUGAUCUGGAUCCAAAUCAUGUGGAAUGUUUUUUAACUAAUGCAAUCGAGCUCCAGGAGGACAAUUUUGUUGAAGAUUGUAAUAACUUAUCGUGCCAAAUAUGCCAAGUUCGAUUUGAAGGAUCAACUUCAAGACACAGGCUUUUAGAACACAUGCUCUCCAUUCACAACUUUAAUAUUUAUAACAAAGGUAGCGUUUGUUCAGUCUCCAGUUCAUCAUUUGCUACUUCAAGAGCAUUUGAAUUACACAAAAGCAAAUGCAAUCAAUCCCUAUGUGCUAUUAGAAGUACCUCAGAGGCACCUGACUCUGUUAAAGGUGUGCAUGAUGCAACCAUUGGAGAUGAUGAAAACAAUAAAGAAAAUGGAGAUGAUGAUACGAGAAUAAAGUCCAAAAGUGAUACAGGGUCUGUAAAAGAAGACAAAGCUUCCGAUGACCAACAUCGAGACAACCUCUGUAUGACAGAGAAUAGUUCGGCAAAUCCAAAAAAUGUACCAAAUACUUCUUUCAAAUGCUAUAUUUGUUCUACGGUGUUAGAUAAAACUGGCGACUUCAAGUUACACCUAAUGAUCAGUCAUGAGGAUAAAAUAAAUGCAGAGGACUUUGACGACUUGUCAUACAGAUGCAAAAAGUGCGCUGAAACAUUUCCAAAUUUAAUUCUACUGCGUGGACAUUUUUUCCAAAAACAUGCGGCAUCAAUUAUAUACAGAUGUAUUAUAUGCCACAUUACGUUGAAGACUAAGAAAUCUCUUAGAAUUCAUUACAACUCCAUACAUGAACAUAAAAGUAAAGGACUGCAGUCAUGUGAUGAAUGCGGAAAGGAAUUAAUAAACAUCAGAGCUUUGAAAGCUCAUAUUAGACAAAAACAUGGUGGAAAGAGCCAUAAACAAGGAUUUCGAUGCAGAAUUUGCCAAGAGAAGUUUGACACCAAGGACAACAGAAAACUUCAUUAUGAAAAUGAACAUCUAGGGGAAAGCCCAUUCAUCUGUGUCGAUUGCGGAAAAGGUUUCUCUAGCAAAUCUGGUCUUUAUGGACAUCGUCAGUUGCACAAAACAGAUCAACCCUCCACCUGCCCUUAUUGUGGAAAAAAUUUUACCAGGAAAGAUAGCUACCACGAGCACAUACUGAUUCACGUUGGGCCUAGGCAUCCCUGUCCUCAUUGCCCAAAAGAAUUCGUCCAACGAAGCAAUUUGGUUCGUCAUAUUCGGAUACACACAGGGCAGAAACCAUAUACGUGUACGUUUUGUGACAAACGCUUUUCAGACAAAGGUGCGUGCAACUCCCAUAUCCGUGUUCACACCAAAGAAGAACAAUGUACUUGUCCGUACUGCGGUCAAACUUUCACAAAGAAACAGAAAUUAAAAUAUCACAUGAGGAAACACACCGGUGAAGGAUUACUGAGUUGUGAAAUCUGUUCAAAGACUUUUACAAACGCUUUUGCGCUUAAGGAACACAGAGCUAUUCACGACAGACAGACACAAACUAUCUGUGGAGAAUGUGGGAAAGCGUUUAACAGUGGCAAGUAUCUGCAGAGACAUAUUGCUUUGGUGCAUCAAGAAACAAAGGACUCCACAAUGGCUCUUCGCUGUCCAAUGUGCGAAAAAACAUUUUACCAGCAAACAAGAUUGAAAUCACAUCUCGUCACACACCUAGGCAAAAAACAUCUGCAAUGUUUGAUUUGUAAAAAAAGAUACAGCAGUACGAAGUCCCUGCGGCAUCAUUUGCAGUCGAGUCAUAAUCUCAACCCAGAUCAGCCAGAAUACAAAAAGUCCGUUCACUCGUCACUCGAGAACACUCAAAUUUCAGUUGAACCUAUGCAAUCCGCAAAAAAUUCAAACUCUCUGAAAGUUGAUUGCAAGACUACCAAGUUAAGAUAUUUAUUGAAAAAAGAUGAUGCGAUCGAUUCGACGAACAGCGAAAGUUUCAAUGACAAUGGCGGUAAAGAUUGGACAAGUGAGUUAUAUGAUAGGAAGUUAAUCAUGUAUUCAUCUGGCGAUCGAAAAAUAAUUUUUGCAAAUGAGAAUUUUGGAGAUACCGCUGUAAAACCCGAGUCGACGGAUGAAUACAAUUUUCAAAAUUUUACGAAAGACAGGGAUACCAAAAACGACCGGGUCGAUGCCGCAAAAGAGAAGCUUUCAAUUGAUUCCAGAAUUAAUACAAAUGGAAAAAAUUUUCUCAAAGUUGAGCGAAAUUAUAAAUUAGGCCGCAUCGCACCAUUAAAUUUAGUUACGGCAAAAGAUACAGCGAAAAUUCGGAACGAUCUGGAUCAAGAAAAUCUCCAAUCUGUGAUUCCUAAUUUGGUAAAAAAACCAUUAAAUGUUGAAAACAAAAUAGUCGAAAUCAAUACGGAGCAGGUACAAUCACAUUCAAGUGCAAUUAUCAGUGACAAUAAUGAAGUUCGUGUCGAUAAAAAUAGAUGUGAGAUAAAUGAUACUAUGGGAAAACUUCUAACGGAUUCGAAUCACAGAAGUUGCCUUCAAACAAAAUCGGGAUCGCAUUUUAAUUCUUCCAAAGAGAUGAGUAGACGUAGAAAACAAUUGCGGACACCUAAAAAGUACGUUUCUCCUGUCGAAGAGUUGGACGAGAUUGAGUGUGAAUGGAAAAAUAUUUUGCCAAAAAAAAAGGAACGUGUGGAAGCAAUAGCAAAAUCUCUCAGCAAUUCAACUAAUUUCAAUGAGAAAUCGACGGAAAAAAUGGAGUAACGCUCUGGCUGAAUCCUGGAUAGUGUAUAAAAUUGAAAAAAGGAUAAUAUUUCUAGUUUUUUAUAUGAACCUAUAAACAUUCGUUUUUCAAGAGUAGAGUAGAGACACAUUUAUUUUCUGUGUCCGUUGAUAUUCGUCAACAACGAUUUUUGAUAUAGUACGAUAUUUAUUUAUAAAGUCAACGGUAUUCUAAGACCACGUAAGGCCAGUAAUUGUACGCUAAAGAUAGAACAUAUUUACAUUUAUAUACAUUUAUAUGCAUAGUAACGUUUUAGAGACGUGAUAUUUACGUGUUUAUAUUCCAAAAAAUUAUCUUCUUACAAUAGCAUCAAUAAUUUUAUAUCGUGAUUGCAAAAAUCAAAGAAAGUACCUAAGAUACUACCUCUAACUAUAGGAUGAUCUAAUCUCUUCGAAUCUUUACUUGUAUAAAUAGAUUUAAUAUAAAUGAUAAGGAUAAUUCUUCAAAACCGGAAUGAUUCUCCAAAAUAUCAACAAAAGGCAGAAAUUCAUCCGCGAAAUCGCUCACAGCCGAUAUAUUCUGCGACACGCUGCAAGAUGAAAUGUAGCUCGAAUACGCCCGCAUGAGCAUACCGCCAGGUUGAAUUAAGUCAAGUAUUGAUGUUACGUACUUACGAGAAUUUUAAACGUCGCGAUUGAAAACCAUUGUAAAGCCUGUGCGUACCAGAGGCUUAGUACAAAACUUGUGCCAGAAUAAUGACCAAAACAAUUAUAUUUCUUACCAACGAAUAACAUAUUUUAACUAUCUUUAUAUCAAAAGAUAGCGUCAAGAUUUAUCAUUAACGUACUUAAGGUGGGAUUCCCGAUAAAAAAAAAAAAAAAUACAUUCACGCAUUCUACAGGUUUGCUGAUAUCUGCUAGUUAUAAAUUUAUAGGUAUAACAUUUUUCGUCAGUUCAUAAAGAGAACAUUGAUCUAAUUAGGACUUAAUCACUAAUUGUUCAUGGAGAGUAUUUUUACAUGUAUUAGAAAUCAAAUUUAUACCAAUGAAUCGUGUAUAUUGCAUAUAUGAGAGAUUUUUUGUAAUUUUUACAAAUAUAUGAAUAUUUUCUAGAGAA